AUGUCUACAAGUCUUGUAGCAAUACUUGGAGGCUCAGCAGGUCUUGUAUUGUUGGCCGUAGCCAUUGGGUUGGUGUGGCUAUAUCUACUGCGCCAUGAGAAUGCCUCAAACAAGAACUCUGAUACUGGGUCCUCAGAUCCGCCCCCACCAGGUAUGGGAAAAAAAAUUGAGUUAAGCCUGAGGUUACAACUGAUGACAAUGAUGAUGAUGAUGCUUCUUUUUCAUCCAAAUCGGCAGCUGAAUGGAAUAGGGUGGGUCGAGCUUCCUCUACAGGCUGUGAAGCUCUGACUGAUCCCCAGGGAGCCAGGCGUUUUUCCCUGGAAGAGCUGGAGAAGGCAACGAAGAGCUUUAGCAAAGCCAACCUUGUUGGUGAGGGAAGCUUUGGAUCUGUGUACAAGGGCUUGCUUGCUGAUGGCAUCAUUGUGGCCAUCAAAAAACGUUCGAGAGUUUCAAGGAAGGAAUGUGAAUUUGUUGAAGAGGUAAGUCAAGUGUACCUGUUUAUCAUGAUGAGAAGUAGAUAGUCUCCCCACCUUAGUCACUUGGCUCAAAGAGGGCCUUUUGUAGACCCUAUUAAAUUCAAAGCCUUUCUGAGUUCUCACAACUACCCUGUAAAGCAAUCCGGCCAUGCAGCUGGAUGGAAAUCUUUAUCAAGUAUGUGGAAUCUUCAUCCGAUCUAGACGAUCCCAUGUUCUUGGGAUGAGGCUUCUCAUCGGCCAUGAAGCAGCCUCCAGAAGCUAACUAGGUCAAAACAAGAAUGCUAGUGGCACCAUGCAUUCACAUCUUACUGGGAAAUGUUGACACUCUACUGUCUUGCUGUUAUUGAUUUAAUGAUAAUAAUGCGGAUUUUCAGAAUAUUUAGCCAGAAAAGGAAUAUGGGUACUGAGAUACAUUUGCUAUUUAGUUGAUAAGUCAUGAGGCUUCAAGCAUAUGCAGUCACCUUCUGAUGCUGACUCUUUGCACUACUAUUUUCCUUCUUGAGGUAAAAUGAUUGCCCAUGAAAACUGAGCAUAGGGCAGUGAUGUAGAAAAUUUAGCUUUUGGAUGUUCUUCUUUAUUGACUCUUGUGACAUGGAGGGAUUCAACCCAUUUAGCAUCUUAUUUAUGAUGCAUUGUUAUAGAGUGAUUGACAAAACUAAGCGAUCACCAUCUGCUCCGAAUGGAAGAUAUCCCUUUAUGUCAUCUUCAGUUUUUUAUGAAAGCUUGAUAAUUUCCCACGACAUUCUCUUGCAGUCAGAUAAUCCAAAUUAUUUUCUUACCCUUUAUCAGUUACUGGCAUUCUUGUGUCUUACACAUUAAACUUGAUGAAUGCUUUCUAUGGUUAAACCAGAUUCAACACUUGUCAGAGAUCUGGCAUCGCAAUCUUGUCACCCUAAUUGGGCAUUGCUUUGAGAGAGGCCUCCAAUUGCUUGUUUAUGAGUACGUGCCCAAUGGAAGUGUCACCAAUCACUUGUAUGGUAAGUGUCACCUCAUUCCACUUUUGCCAACUCUAUUACUUACUGCUGAGCUGUUUUUACUAUCAAAUGGUUUGUCACUGGGUGCCCUUGCAGAAAACAAACUGUGAAGUAAUCAAAAAUAGGCUAAACGUUGGCAGGAUUUAAAUGGGAGUAUGAGCAUCUUCAUACUGUCAUAAAUUUGGUAUAGAUAGUUUUUAUGGCAUAUUUUCAUGUUUGAAAGGGAUCAGCGGUUAGUGUUCCCAGAAGCGGUGCUUCGGGUAAGUUUGGAAUAGUCAGAGUUUCCACAUUAAUAAUAUUUCUCUUUGACAGAUAAUGGGUAUUAUGAUAACAGAUGUGGUAAAAAUUGAUAUUUCUUAAAUGCCAAGAAUGAGCUUCUUCACGCUAUUGUAAAAUAGUUACAAAUAGUUUUUAUUGCAUACUUUUAUGUUUGAAUGGAAACAGUGGUUACACUCCCAAAAUUUCAUUCUUCUGGGUAAUUUUGGAUAAUAAAGUCCUGUUUCACAGAUCACGGGCAUGAACAGAAGGCACAGCUAGAAUUCAAGCAGAGGCUUUCAAUAGCUCUGGGUGCUGCUAAAGGUGAUGAUAUAUAAAGCCCAUUUAUUUCCUUUUGGCGGUGGCAUGUUUAGAGAUUUAAACAUUGGUGUGCUCACAGAUAUAUGCAUCUCUUUCAAAUUCUAUAUAGCAGACAAAUGCUUAAGAUAAUUGAUGAUUGCAGGCUUGUGCCACUUGCAUGGCCUUGUACCUCCCUUGGUACACAAGAAUUUCAAAACAAGUAAUGUUCUAGUUGAUGAAAACUUUAUCGCUAAGGUAGCCGAUGCUGGGAUUAUUGAUUUACUUCGAGAAACUGGAUGCGGAAGUCCUCAAAUACUAGGGAGCAAUGUCUUCCAAGAUCCAGAGUAUGCAUGUUUCUAUAUUGUUUUCUUUUUCUGGAUAUUACUACCUUCUUCAAUUCUUAGGUUGAUCCAUUAUUUCUUUAUAAAGUGGUUUAUUUUCUCGAUAUGUAUACCGGGUGACUGGUGUCCUGUUUCCCAGAAAAUCUUUCGCUGUCCUGGAGUUGGAAUGUGGAAAGAAAGAGAGAGAGAAGAGAGAGAGAGAGAGAGAGAGAGAGAGAGAGAGAGAGAGAGAUCCAUCGUCUUAAUUUGGAAUGAGUGGUUUAUUGCUUAUUCAGAGUUCCACAACCUUAGUUGCCUUAAAAAGUCUUUUAGUGGUCGCAAUUAAAAGACUAGUACAAGACUUCUUUCUAAAAAUGAAUAAUGCCUACAUCUCAGCAGAUCCCCAAAUCCUGAUAUCACGUCAAAUUCUCUUUGAGGCAUCAUUUUUUCAUGCAAAUACAUCUACUCCAAAACGGGCCUUUUUGCUCCCUCGUUCAAGUUCUGUUAUCUUAUGCUUUUCUGUUAGAUUGAUCAUUUCCACAAAAAUACAUCUCUGUAGGUAUAUGUAGACUGUCUUAAGCUCAUCCCCAUUCCCCCCCCCCCCCACCCCGCCCACCCACACACCAUUUCUUUAUUAUUAGGUGUUAAUUUUGAUUUCUUUGGUGUGGUUUGUUCUUUGUUCCCAAUUUUGAUACUCUUGACCGAUAAGUAUGACCAGCUUCCACCUUUGUAGGGUUGGAGAUUCAGCCCAGCUCUCUGAAAUGGACGACGUGUACAGCUUUGGAGUAUUUAUUUUGGAACUUAUAAUGGGUCGGGAAAUCUCUUCCCUGAGCUUUCUUGAAUCCAAUGAAGGGUUGACGAAAUGGGUAACGCUAGCAUGCUACAACCCUCAGUUUUUAAUAAAAUAUUUAUAUUAGCACAAGUUUCUGCGAAACAACCAUGGUUUUUAUCUAUUGAACUAAUGAUAGAAGGUCAGUUUACAAACUAUGACCCUCAGUUCUUUGUAAAUAUCUUAUAUUGAUGAAAGUUACCACAAAUAACCAUGAUUUUUGUGGAUCAUACUAAUUAUAGAAAACUAGAUUUAAACUAUCAUCUUCAGUUCUUGAUAAAUGUCUUUAUUAAUGCUAGUUUCCAAGAAAUACAUUUACAUGUUUUUUGCAUAUUGAAUAAAUGAAAAAAGCUCAGGUUUAAACUACUUGACGUUUACAACUGGUUUAUAUUCUAUCGUCUUCAGUAUUUGGUAAAAUACCACAUAAAUGCAAGCUUCCACGAAAGCACCAUGCUCUUAAUUGAUUGAACUAAUGAUAGAAACUCAGUUUCAAAGUAUAUUAAUUUUUACAUCAUUCGAUCACCCAUGGUCAAAAAUCUUCAAACUUGAGGCUCUGAUCCCUCAUUGCUUCCACAGAUGAUAUCUAUAUAAUUCCUUCACAAUGGUGUCUUUGUUCUGAAAAAGGAUGGAUUGAAGCUGAACUCAAGUGAGCUCAUCGACCGGCGGCUGGGCAACAGCUUCACCUCCGAGGGAAUGAAAUGGUUGAUUGAGCUCGCUCUUCGGUGCCUCGAUUCACCCGGGGUGAGGCGGCCCAAGAUGGAUGCUGUGGUGUCAGAGCUUGAAAGGAUCCUUGAAACAGAGAUGACGUUGACCAUGGUCAUGGGCGAUGGUACAACCACUGUGACUCUCGGCAGCCAACUGUUCACCUCUUCGUAA